AUUUGCAUUGGAUCGGAUUGAAAGAUGACCGAGCUGCGGAGUGAGCGCAAAAAUGGUAAUUGGGAUCGAUUGUGGGGACCGUUUUUCGAAAGUUGGGCUGUCUUCAAGGCUCCCCACUCGAAUUCCCGACACAUCAUCGCCUACUGGACGCGGGACCAGCUGAAAGCCUUAGGUUUUUACACAAACUCUGAGGAGCGCCGUCUGCCGAGGGUUGUGGCCUGGCAAUAUUUUCUCUUGAUCCAACUAGCUACAUCCAUGGCAUCCCUGUUUUAUGGAGUCCGUGAAUCCGUCGGUGAUAUUGUCAAUCUGGGACGAGAUCUGGUCUUCAUAAUAACGACCUUAUUUAUUUGCUUCAGACUGGUGUUCCUAGCCCAAUAUGCUGAUGAAGUGGAUGCCAUAAUCGAUGCCCUCGAGGACAUUUACCAUUGGAGUGUAAAAGGGCCUGGAAGCAGGGAAGUGCAGGAAACCAAGCGUUUGCACUUCCUAUUGUUUAUGGCCUUGGUCGUUACUUGGUUUACCAUUCUAAUACUUUUCAUUCUGCUAAAAAUAUCAACACCUUUCUGGAUAGAAUCGCAGAUAUUGCCCUUUCACGUUGCCUGGCCCUUUCAACUUCACGAUCCCACGAAGCACCCGGUUGCCCAUUUCAUUAUCUAUGUAGCUCAAAGCACCAAUGUGCUGUACUUCAUGAUUUGGCUUGGUGUUGCGGAGAAUAUGGGUGUGUCCAUAUUCUUCGAGCUAACUUCUGCGCUCAGGGUUUUGUGCAUCGAACUAAGAAAUCUCCAGAAACUUUGCCUGGGCGACGAAGAUAUGCUAUCCAGAGAGCUAUGUCGAAUGAUCAACUUCCAUCAGCAAAUCAUACUACUUACAGAGCGCUGCAACCACAUUUUCAAUGGAGCCUUUAUCAUGCAAAUGCUGAUCAACUUUCUGCUCGUCUCAUUGUCACUUUUCGAAGUAUUGGCUGCCAAAAAGGAUCCCCAAGUGGCCGCCGAGUAUAUGGUUAUAAUGCUAAUGACUCUGGGACACCUCUCGUUCUGGUCUAAAUUCGGGGAUAUGUUUUCGGAGGAAUCGAAGCAAGUGGCUUUGGCGGUGUACGAGGCUUAUGACCCGAAUGUUGGAUCCAAGUCCAUCCACCGACAAUUUUGCUUUUUUAUUCAGAGAGCUCAAAAGCCAUUAGUCAUGAGCGCAGCUCCAUUUCCACCUUUUAAUUUGGAGAACUACAUGCUUAUUCUAAAGCAGUGCUAUUCAAUUCUGACAGUUUUGGCCAACACGUUGGAGUAGAUUUACUGUCUUUUAUUCCCAAUUUAAUCUCUCUUAACAUCCUCUGAUCAUUAUCAACAGAAACAUAGUUGGCACAUUAAUACACUUAAGGCUUUAUUAAAUCAGUCUCAAAAAUCGACCGUUUCGGGGCCACUUAAAGAAAGUUCUGCAAGGAGCCUGCAUUUUAUGCAUGCAACCCCAAAAGGUCGCCACUGCAACCGUUGCAACUUGCAAGACUGUUCCCAACCGUCCGUAGAUUGGGCUCAUAAAUUGCAAUUGUGUGGGGAGCGCUGGAAACUGGAAGCUGGUUUUCUUUCAGACCGCUGGAUGUUGGCUGUUGGUCGCUGGCGUUUGACUGCUCCGUCAUUAGCUUGAUUGAAUCUUAUUGUUGGCAAUUAACCUUCGCAGCGAUGGGGCCAAGCAUCUGGGGUCUGUGGGGCUACGAUCCUGACAUUCUGCAGCAUGGACGAGGCGAAUAACUUCAUUUGCCACGACAACAUGGCAUAACAUGUCAUCUUCCUGGGCCGCACUAAUUGCCAACGACAGGGAGCCCAAAUUAAUUAGCAAACGCCAACGGAUUAGGCCAAUAAGCAAUACUCGCAUUUGCAUGUGCACGAGCAGAAACCUGUUAGUUUGGGCCACGAAAAGUGAAAAGCUCACCGACUUAGCCUGGAUUUUGGGGGCACAGUAAGACAGUGGGCGACCACUAUAUGAUCUUUCCUAGCUGAAAUGUGCAUUCUGUUCAAAAUAUU